AUGAAAUCAGGAUUUUCUCUACUUCAAACUAAAUUGGGUCUUAUGAUUUGCGAAAGUGGACAUAUCAAAGAAAUUAAUCAAAUUACCCAUAAAUCGAAAUGUAUUUCUAGAAUACAUGAGCAACCUUGUGACGAACGAGCGCUAAAAAAAUUCAAAAAGAAUAUUAUCCAGAUUAAAAGAACAUAUCAAGCACAAAACAAGGAGAAAACUUUAGAGAAAUAUUUUGAAUUGAAAACUAUUUUUGAGGAAGCCUCAAUGAAUAUUAGAGAAUUUCUUUCAAACGAUGUCAGAUUCAAUAAAAUUAUACCUGAUCACGAUCGAGCAAGCCUCAAUGCCAGAAAGAUUUUGAGGAUUAUUUCCUGUAAUUGUAAGUCUUUUAUUAACGACAAGACGACACAUGUAGGAUACCAGCCUCGAUUUAUAACUAAUCUUACAAGCCAUAUGAACUUUCACAUAUUUACUGAUGCUACGUACGCAACAGCAAUAUACACAUAUCGAGAAGGAAUGCGCAAAAGGGAACCAUUUUUAGUUUAUGCUAAAUCCCGUAUUGCACCCAUCAAAGGAAUUACCAUACCGCGAUUGGAACUGCUUGCUAUUCUCAUUGGAGUAUGA